ACAUAUGGGCUCCAAUCCUUGCACUCCACUUUCCACCGCCCAAGCAUAGCAGAGCCUGGAGCCCUGGCGGAAGAAACCACUCAGCAUCAUCGCCCGCGUCGGCGGACAAGGACACCAUGGCAGCAAACUUCGCCCCGUACCAGGACAUUCCCGAAUCGUCACGAGCUCUGUCCCCUCCACCACUCCGCUCGCCUCGAGCAUCCGUCGACCGCUCCCGUACCAUUGCCUCGCCGCCUACACGCUCCUCGUAUGACCACCAGGACUAUUUCCAAGGCCAACCUCCCACAUCUCCGCUUGCCGAACCCCAAACAGAGCGCAUAGCAUGGGACCAGCCCUCGCGCAACACGGCCUUUGGCCGUUCGCGCCAAGACAUUGACAUGUUCACCACAUCGCUGGGCUGGCGCCUCGAUUACGAGGCUUGUCUGGCAUAUCUGCUACUGCCCCCAGCCGGAGGCGUUUUACUAUUGAUGUUCGAGCACCAAAGCGACUACGUGCGCUUCCAUGCAUGGCAGAGUAGUCUGCUCUUUGCCUUCAUCUUUGUUCUGCACGUCAUAUUCAGCUGGUCGAGCUUGAUUUCCUGGCUCAUGUUGCUGGGCGACUUGGCACUCAUAGCCUGGCUGACAUGGAGGGCCUAUCUCGAUGCUGCGACGCUCCAUCGAUGCGAAUUGCCCUUUUUCGGGCCGCUAGCGAGCUCCAUUCUUGACGACGAAUAAAAGAGUCAUGUAGGGAUGGGCGCAUUUCAUGCUGAUAUGAUUUGGGUUUUGCAAUACAGCACGGUGUUGGCGGAGUAU